AUGUCUACCGCCCAGACUUCUUCCUCGUCGGACGGCGGCUACCUGUCCCGUCUGUAUGAGCGUGCAUCGCACCUAAUCCACAAUGCUGGCCCCCAGUCCGAGGAGCAGCAGCCCCUGCUGCACGGCCAGCGCAGCUCGACCGAGUACGGCAGCGUGCCCGAGAACCAGAUCCCUGUCCCCAAGCCCCGCAAGGUGCAGAGCCCUGUGAAGGUCGAGGCGAAGGUGUGGUUUGCCAACGAGCGUACCUGGAUUUCGUGGCUCCGUGCUUCGAUCCUCAUGGGCACUCUUUCGCUCGCCCUGUUCAAUUCUGCCUCAUACUUUGACCCUGAGCCCGUUCCCCCGCCUUUCGAGCCGGGCCCUGGUAUGGGCGGCAACUCUCGCGCGGCCAAGACCGUGCGCACCUUUGGUAUCAUCUACGCGCUUAUUUCGGUGCUUGUUCUUCUCUGGGGUCUAUACAACUACCAGCGCCGUGUUACGCUCAUCAAGAGCAGGUGGGCUGGCAGCUUUGACGACCUCAUCGGCCCCCCUCUGGUGUGCGGUGUGACUUUUAUUGCUAUCCUCGCCAACUUUAUCGUGACGGAUAUCUAG